CACCUCAGCCUCCGAAGAUGCUGGGACUACAGGCAUGAACUCCAUCCACUCUUCUGUCCAGCAACUUGCUGUCUCUCACCCUAGGUUUCUCUCUCCCUUUGACAGCUACCCCUUUCAUCUUGCUUCUGCUCCGAGGGUUUUGGGGUCUAAUUCUCCCAAGUUACCUGCUAGGGUUGGGGAAGAGACUGGACCUUCCCAUAUGUUACCAGCUGGGAAACCAUUCUGGGCCAUCCCAGAGAGAUCAGAGGCAAGAGGAGCAAGGUUUAAAGUCAGCCUCAAGGCUAAGGUGCUGGCCUGGGUGAUGAGAUCCAUACAGUCAUGUCAGGCUGCUGCAGGAGAGCCCCUGUAAGUGAGGUUUCCCUUCCUUCAGCCUGGGCCCUGGGGGCUGGGAGAGCCAGGGGUGUAUGUGCAGGUCACGGGGCCUGAGUCAGGGCAGGAGGUUCGGCCGUCUCUGCAUCCCUGCACUGUGCCAUCUGUCUCAGGCCGUCAGCCUGCCUCAGUGUGUUCCCCUGGAGCCUGGGUCUGUUCUCUCCUGCCUGGCGGUGGGAGGCAUAGGAUAAAAUGAGGGGGUGACAGGCUGUGACUCUUUCAGUCUACCCACUUUUCAAGCCUCCCCCUCGGGCUGGCUCUGAGACCGUUCCUCUUCCAUUCAUCCCUCAGUAGCCACGGGGAAGCUGGAGGCUCAGGUUCACUCUCUCGGGCUGUCUGUGGGAGUUUUGUUCUCCUGAGGGCCGUAUGUGGGAGUAUUGUUGCCACUGGAUUUCUUGGCUCCCUAGCUUGGUGCUCAGGGUGGGGAUGAAGACCUAACCUGCUGGACAGGAAGGGCUUUCCUAGAGACUGCCAAGAGCAGAGGCACAGCCACCCUGCAUCAGGUAGGAGGCGGCAUAAAAACAGGAAGGGCUGUCUAGAAGCCUGGCUCUGUGCCGGAAAUGACAGCUGCCCUUUCUGGAGCCUUGGCUGUGUUCUAAGUGGCGUAUAUGUACUGGCUCAUUCAUCCUCACAACAGCAUUCUGUGGUCGUUACUUUCAUGAGCCUCACUUUACCUACAAGGACCCUGAGGCACAGGGUGGUCGAGUAGCCUCCAUUAGGUCCCACAGGUGGAAAGCAUCAGCCAGGAUUCCAACCCAGGCAGUUAGAAUCAUCUGGGGCCCCUGAGCUUAACCAGCUGGCCCUAUUCAGACCUGUGAGGCAUGGUUUGUUGUUGGAAGACCCAGGAGGGAAGAACCUGCAUUAAUUUUGCAUGACUUCGGGUUUCUUCGGGUUCAUUUGCUUAGCAAAUUCAUUGAACACCUUCUAUAUAUGAGGUAUGAACGCGGUGAAUACGUAUUCAUUUCACAAGCAAUUUUAAGUGAAAUUUUAGGUUUAUAAAAGUUAUACAUGCUUGUUAGGAAAAAAGAGUACGAUGAAAAAUAUUCAAAAAAUCAAUGAUAUCACCAUCCAGAGAUGAUUGUUUGAUUUUUUUGUAUAUGUGCACGUAUGCAUGGCUUUGCAGAAUCGAAGUUAGGUUGAAUAUUCAGUUUUGAGUCCUGCUUUUUUCUCUUACCUCUUAUUAAACAAGCAUUCCUCAGGAGGCUGCCGGUGCUGGCCUUCAGAUGAAUCCAGCAAAGGAGAGUGCUCACUGUCACCACAGAGAAGGGAGGGUGCAGAAGUCAACAGACAGCUCUGGAGUCAGGGUGCUUAGGAAAGUCCUCACAGAGGAAGAGCUGGGUCUUAAAGGAGGAUUAUGGGUUCACAAGUCCUGAGAGGGGCCCAGGUAGCAAAAAUAGCAAGGUGGAGAUCUGGAGGACAGGAUCGGAGGCAGAGACAAGUUGUCAAGGGCUUUGCCAGCUGUCCCCAGGGGUUUGAGCUUUAUUUACCCUGUAGAUGUUGAAGAUCCACUCACAGGCUUUAAGUGGCAAGAAACGUUGGAUUUGUACUUUAGAAAGGUUGCGUUUUUUUCUAUACACUCUUUCGUCCUGUGAUGAGUGAAUUAGAAGGAAGAAGGCAAAGCUGGGAGACCUUUGGAGUCAUCCAGCCGGCCCCAGUCGGCGCCAUGGCGUCUGCCGAGCCCCUGACGGCGCUGUCCCGCUGGUACCUGUACGCCAUCCACGGCUACUUCUGCGAGGUGAUGUUCACGGCAGCCUGGGAGUUCGUGGUGAACUUGAACUGGAAGUUCCCAGGGGUCACGAGCGUGUGGGCCCUCUUCAUCUACGGCACCUCCAUACUCAUCGUGGAGCGCAUGUACCUGCGGCUGCGCGGCCGCUGCCCGCUGCUCCUGCGCUGCCUCAUCUACACGCUCUGGACCUACCUGUGGGAGUUCACCACCGGCUUCAUCCUGCGCCAGUUCAACGCCUGCCCCUGGGACUACUCCCAGUUCGACUUUGACUUCAUGGGCCUCAUCACCCUGGAGUACGCCGUGCCCUGGUUCUGCGGGGCCCUCAUCAUGGAGCAGUUCAUCAUCCGCAACACCCUCCGCCUCCGCUUUGACAAGGACGCCGAGCCCGGGGAGCCCAGUGGCGCCCUAGCUCUGGCCAACGGCCACGUCAAGACUGACUGAGUAGGGAACGGGUGGGGGGCCUGGGGAUCUCUCAUGGAACUCAUGGACCAAGAGACCAAGCUGGUGAGGUUGCCCCAUCCAUGCCGCACAAGCCCUGCCUCGGCCAGGCCUCACCCGUGUAGGGCACACACAGCCCCCUAACCUCCACGGGGGGCGGGGGUCAGGUGUUGGGGGAUGGGGUGUGGAGGUCGCAGAGGGACAUUUGGAAAGGUCCACGGAUCCUGGCCCAGCUCAGAGGCUGGUGCCGGGAGGCCUGUGGCUGAGCAGCGAUGGACUAUGUAGUUGACUUUGGAAGCAGCAGGCCCUGUCCUGGCUAAGGGACGAUGAGAAUGGGGCUGCAGGUGGGAGGCAAGGCCUGACCUCCUUCCCUCCCCUCUGGAUUUAGUUGGGCUUUGGCUGGUUCCAUUAGGCAAUAUUCAGGUGCUUGCUUGCAACCAAUACCUCCCCAGGGGCCUGCUGAGCUGCAGCCGAGGAGAGACUGGGCAGCCAGGAGGCUGCGUGGCCGCAACGCUGGUCUGCAAGGGCUGGGAGACCCUUCCUUGGCUCCUCUCCCCUCCCCCAGGGCCCUGCGCUGCUCCCUUGGCCUUCUGGGGCCCCCGUGGUGCUGGAUUCCCACCAACCUUGGGCUUUUGGAAGUUUCAAUCCCCGUGUGUUCGGUGGCGUUUCCCCCUUUACUCGCUUGUGUUCAAGGCCUUUACCAUUAGCGGCUCUUUAUCCAUGUCAGUCACCACACCUGCCCCACCCCAGCUCCCUAGGCAGCACAGGAGCUGGAGAUGGAGCCCUGAGACACCCCCAACUCCCACCCCCUGCAGCUUUCCCUCCACUGUUCCCGCUGGCCUGAUGCCUGGGGAGUUCCUGAGUUGCGCCUCCCUGCCCCUGGUCUAGUGGGCCGUGGCAGUGCUCCCUUGUCAUAGCGGCCCAGCUGAGAACAAAUGAUGCCCUCCAAUGCACAGGCAGGCUGGGAUAGGCCCUGUGGAUCCACAAUGGGGACCUAGAGGCAAGUCAGUUUGGUAGGGAAAAGGCAGAGUUCCAGGUCAUCUAUUCCCUGGCUGGUUUAUGUUGAAGCCAGAACUGAGCAGUCUAGCUUCUAUGGGAUGGGGAAGCCAGGUAUCCAGCAUUGGAGACUGAUGGAGAAUGAGAAGAAGAAAGAGAGGAGAACCUUGUGGCUGUAGAGGCUCUUGGAGCCUCCUUUGUGGCAGGGUAUCAGUUCUAGUUCUGCCAUAGCCCCAGCCCUGUAGCAAAACCUCAGGGCUGCCCCUCUCCCCAAACUCCUCCCAGCAAGGCUGGCCCUUUGAGAUUACUCCUUCAACAGUAUUAACCCUGCCACACUCAUGGGCAUUGGUACCUUGGUUCCACUGCCUCACUUUGCCCAAUGACAGGUCCAUUGCUGGCAGUGGACGGGUGACAUACUCCAGCCUACUUGGCUCUGACCUUCACUCCCCAAGGGGAAGGGUCCAUUAGAAAGUGGCCCAUCCCAUGGUACAUGGUCUCUCCUUCACCACACUAGGACUCUUAGGUAGAAAUUAGCCUUUUCCUUUUUAUGGAUCGUUACAAAGUGACAAUAACACUUGUGGAGAGAAUGUCCUCUUCCCUGCUGGCUGUCCUGCCCAAACCGUGCAGAUAGCACGACCCAGGUUGCAGGGUGUGGUGGGGUGGGCGACAGUUGUGUCCUAGGUCUGGAGAAAAGCAUGCAGAUUCUACCUUUGGCAGGAUUUUCUGCAGUUAUCCCUGUCCAGAGCAGAAUGAAGGGUAUUUCCUAGCCUAUUUCCUGGGCAGGCUCCUCAAAUCCAGGGAUUAGCUACUUUCUUCAGGGGCCAGCCCUCCUUUUGAUUGUAUUUUGGCCCCAAUUCCAGGACUUUGGGGGUUACAGAGAAUCAGGCUUCUGGUGAAACUAGAUUGUUUUCCAUCUAUAGGUGGAGAAAAUUCCAGGAGAAUAUUGUCUGGCUUCCCUGUUCUCUCUGGGCAGUUGUCUCCUUGGUUCUCUCCCCAACUCCAUGUUGUCUCAGUCUCCCAGCACCCCUUCAGGCCUUCCAUGUGGGCUCCUAGACCCCACUACCCGUCUUUACACCCCUAUUCCACAACCGAGUCCAGUGACCAGCUAUUCUCAGCCAGAGCAAGCCCUUGAAUGGUCUACCAGGUCUUGCUGCUCCAGAUGUUGCCUUGUGGGCAUUCCCUGGCACCAUUUACUCUCUGGGUCCUAUAAGCUCCCAAGUGCAGGAGGUCCUGGGGUACACCUGUGUGCCUGGCAACAUCCAGCAUUGUGUUUCUGCUCCAUCGAGGUGUCCCAUUGCUCCAACUGCCCUUCAUAGGGCAUCAAACCUCCAGCAAAGGAAGACAACAACCCAUGACCUGACCACAGGAUCUACGGGUUCAAAUCUCACCAGGGAUAGCCCAGACUUCAACUCUUGCUUUUCUGGGUAUCAGGGCCCCAAUCCCUUGGUGCCCAGGGACUCAAAGUUUGGAAUAAUCCCAGCCCUGCCAAGCAUUAAGGGUGCUGGUGGGGAGUGUUUGCCUGCUGUUUGUGAACCUCUGGUGUCCUGGGCCUCUCUCCACUGGACAUGGCAGCAUCUCUGAUUACAGAUUGCAAUGUGCUGCCCUGCAUGGUUGAACUGCUUCUGAUGUCUGCGAGGCAUCCUGUCCCAUGUGCCCUGUCCCCUCUUCAAUGCCAGUGAGUCACAAUGGCCUAGCUUAUUCACAGCAAUAAUACCGAGGGAGUGCCCAUGAGGCCCUUUUGUCCUGGUCCCUCACUCUGCAUGGGUCUCUUGGGGAGGCAGCUGCUGAAUGGGUCAGUUCAUGAGAACCUGCAUUUACGAAGCCCUGGACUAUGCAGGCAUUACCCUGGGAUGCAGACAGGUGAGAGGCCCAGCCCUUAGAGGAGCCAUGACAGGGAGCAUGCCUUCCACCCUGGGGCCACCCAGACCUGGAGGAGCUGCAGGUGCCAGCUCUGCUAAAGGGCCUUUGAAGUGGGUGGGACCAUCUCCCAGCUGGGCAGCUCUUGAGAAGGACACACGACGGUUUGUGCGCCCAUGGCCUGCUCUGUGUCUCCAUUGGUCCCUCUGUCUCUUCCUUUUCACAUUUGUGCACAUAAAAUAUACUGGUGUUUGUGUUCCAA